AUGCGUUCCUUCAUCACUACCGCUGUUCUCAUUGCUGGUGUCACUGCCCAGACUACCAGUGACUACCUCAAGUGUGCUGACGCUGCCUUCGAUGGCAUCGACCUCUCCACUUUGCAGGAGUGCUCCGACAAGAGCAGCACUGAUUGCUUCUGCUCCAACAGUGAUGCUCUGAGCAAGAUCUCCGACUCCGCUGCCAAAGUCUGCAGCGACGCCGGUGUUGACCUGAAGAAUUUGCAGAGCUCCCUGUGCUCCAGCGAUCGUGAGGCUGCCCCAGCUCGCCAUGCUAGCAACCCCAUGGAGCCAGCUAGCAACAUGCACAUGAACAUGCACAUGGCUGAUGGAAAGCGUGCCUACGCUCCUCCUGCGCCUGCCGAGGCUGCCGCUCCUCGCGUUAUCUACGUGACCGAGACCAAGACCGAGUGCGGUUGCCGGGCUACUCCAUCUGCCUUUGACCCCUCGCACCUGUCCCAGAUCCCUGUUGAUGUUCCUGCUAGCAGCAGCAUGGCUCCCAUGGGCGCUGCCUCUACCCCUGUCUACUCGAAUGGUAUCUUGGUCGGUGCUGCUUCUUCUUCUCGUGCAUUUGGCUCCCAGAUGGCUGCUACCCCCACCCCAUCUGGUGCCUCUGCAAACCGUUUCAACACCUUCCAGGGUGCCGCACCUCAGGUUAGCGCUGCCCGUGGCGGUAUCGCUGCCCUCGGCGUCGCUGCUGUCAUGGGAUUGAUGAUCGCUCUGUAA